AUGCCACCCAAGAAACGCAAGAUUUCUGACGCUUCGCACGAAGCAGGAGGCGCCAAUGGGACUUCUCACGCAAGCAAGCGAGGCAAGCCUGAUUCGUCCCGCUAUCACCCAAACGCGAAGCAGGCUGAAGAUUUCGGCAUCGUUCUUCGUGAAUUCUAUCCCCCAGAGAUGAGUAACGAGCGUUGCGAAGCCUAUAAUAAUGGUUUAAUUGAGCGUCCGAUCGAAACAUUACAAAAGGCGUACGAAACAACGCUGGACACACGCCAGUCUAUCAAACCUAACAAUGCCGUGAUUCAUUGGUUCAAGUCGGAUCUGCGACUCCAUGACAAUCGAGCGCUGCGAAUGGCUUAUGAACUGGCCCAGGAAAAUAGCAUUCCCCUGAUUUGUCUCUACAUACUCUCUCCCGAAGACCUGACAGCCCACCUUUCGAGCCCACCUCGCGUCGAUUUGACACUUCGUACACUGGCACAGUUGAAGCGGGAUUUGGGUGAGCUUGACAUUCCUCUGUACAUGGAAACCCAGGACAAACGGAAUAAGAUCCCACAACGUCUGGUGGAUUUGUGUCAGGAAUGGGGCGCCAACAACGUAUUCGCAAACAUCGAAUAUGAAGUCGAUGAGCUGCGCCGCGAAGCUAAAUUGGUAAAGCUAUGCGCGGAGCAGGGGAUCAAGUUUGAGGCAGCUCAUGAUACCUGUGUUGUUACUCCGGGUGCUCUGUGCACUCAGCAAGGGAAACAAUAUGCCGUUUUUACUCCAUGGUUUCGUUCGUGGGCUGCCUUUCUAAAGGAGAACCCAGAACAUCUCGAACUUGUGGACGAACCAGGUUCAAACCCUGGAGAUGCACGGAAGCACUUUAAAGCCCUAUUCGACAGUGAAGUUCCCGAGGCACCUGAAAACAAGCGGUUAUCUGAGGACGAAAAGAACCAUUUUCGCCAACUGUACCCCGAAGGAGAACAUGAAUCUCUCCGCAGGCUAGACGCUUUUCUCGAAAAGAAAGCCAAGGCGUAUGAUGAGAAUCGAAACCUGGUCGCAAACCAGGGCACUUCGGUUCUUAGCCCAUACUUCGCGACGGGUGCAUUAAGCGCAAGGACAGCAGUUUCAAAGGCAAAGAAACUCAACAAUAACCAACUGGAUCGAAGUGACCCUGGCUUUAUGUGCUGGAUUAGUGAGGUCGCCUGGCGCGACUUUUACAAGCAUGUGCUCGUCCAUUGGCCUUUUAUCUGCAUGAACAAGUGUUUCAAGCCCGAAUACACGAACAUCGAGUGGGAAUACGACGAAGAUCAGUUCAACGCUUGGUGUGAAGGAAAAACAGGAUUCCCCAUUGUCGACGCGGCAAUGCGGCAGAUCAAAAAUGACGCAUGGAUGCACAACCGAUCUCGCAUGGUAGUAUCCUCGUUCCUUUCGAAAGACUUGAUGCUCGACUGGAGACGAGGAGAGCGAUAUUUCAUGGAACACCUCAUUGAUGGCGAUUUUGCCUCCAACCACGGUGGAUGGGGUUUCGGAUCAAGUACGGGCGUCGACCCGCAGCCGUAUUUCCGUAUCUUCAACCCACUCCGUCAAAGCGAGCGAUUUGAUCCCGAAGGCGAGUACAUUCGGCGUUGGGUACCAGAACUUCGAGGCAUUAAGGGAUCGGCAAUUCACGACCCCUACGAGCGGGGUGCCGGUGAUGCCGCGAAAAAGAAUGGCUAUCCCCGACCGAUAGUGAAUCACUCGGAGAGCAGAGAUCGGGCUUUGGACCGGUACAAAAGCGCGUUGCAGAGGAAGUGA